AUGGCACAACCUUCAUUGUCUGUCUCUUCUAGCUUCACCUAUGAUGUUUUUCUCAGUUUUAGAGGCAUAGACACCCGCAACAAUUUCACUGGUAAUCUCUACAAUUCUCUUGAUCAAAAUUGUAUUCAUACUUUCAUUGAUGAAGAAGAAAUUCAAAAAGGAGUACAAAUCAUACCAGCUCUUCUUCAAGCUAUUCAACAAUCUAGGAUUUUCAUUGUCAUUUUCUCAAAAAACUAUGCAUCCUCAACUUUUUGUUUGAAUGAACUUGUAAUGAUUCUUGACUGUUCCAACACUGGACAUUUGUUUUUGCCUGUAUUUUAUAAUGUUGGAAUUGAAAGGGCACUGAUACAAUUGAAGUCAUAA